GUGCGCUGGCUGCUGCUUUUCUGCUCCUGGAAGCGGCCAAGGGGGGAAGCGGCGAGUCAACAUGGAGCUUUCAGCGGUGGGGGAGCGGGUGUUCGCGGCCGAAGCCCUCCUGAAGCGGCGCAUACGGAAAGGACGCAUGGAAUACCUCGUGAAAUGGAAGGGCUGGUCGCAGAAGUACAGCACAUGGGAACCUGAAGAAAACAUCCUGGAUGCUCGCCUGCUCGCAGCCUUUGAGGAAAGGGAACGAGAGAUGGAGCUCUAUGGCCCCAAAAAGCGAGGACCCAAACCCAAAACCUUCCUGCUCAAGGCCCAAGCCAAGGCAAAGGCCAAAACUUACGAGUUCCGAAGUGACUCGGCCCGAGGCAUUCGGAUCCCCUAUCCCGGCCGCUCACCCCAAGAACUGGCCUCUACUUCCCGGGCCCGUGAGGGCCUUCGGAACAUGGGUCUUUCGCCACCGGGGAGCAGCAGCACCUGCCGAGUGGAGCCCCCUCGGGACCGUGAUCGAGAGAGGGAGAGGGAACGAGAGCGUGAACGGGGUGCUAGCCGCACAGAUGACAAACCCAGCUCGCCAGGCGACAGCUCCAAGAAGCGAGGUCCCAAGCCCCGGAAAGAACUCCUGGACCCCUCACAAAGGCCCUUGGGAGAACCCAGUGAUGGCCUUGGAGAUUACCUCAAGGGCAGGAAGCUGGACGACACUGCUUCCGGGGCAGGAAAGUUCCCAGCUGGCCACAGUGUGAUCCAGCUGGCUCGAAGGCAGGACUCGGACCUGGCCCAGUGCGGUGUGGCCAGCCCCAGCCCGGCUGAGGCCACGGGCAAGCUGGCUGUGGACACCUUUCCAGCCAGGGUCAUAAAGCACAGGGCCGCCUUCCUGGAGGCCAAAGGCCAGGGCACCCUGGACCCUGGUGGCCCCCGGGUCCGGCAUGGCUCAGGCACCCCCAGCUCUGUGGGGGGUUUGUAUCGGGACAUGGGGGCCCAAGGGGGAAGGCCCUCCCUCAUCGCCAGGAUCCCAGUGGCCAGAAUCCUGGGGGACCCAGAGGAAGAAUCCUGGAGCCCCUCUCUGACCAACUUGGAGAAGGUGGUGGUCACCGACGUGACCUCAAACUUUUUGACCGUCACAAUUAAGGAAAGUAACACGGACCAAGGCUUUUUUAAAGAGAAAAGAUGAAUUGCUGGGUGGGUGAUCCCAGGACAAGAGAGCAGGAGAGAGAGUGAGAGUGCAAACUUGGCAUAAUGCUUUUUAUUUCUGGGUGGGAGGUGGCCUUCUGGCUGGUCCUUUCCCAUCCCUACCUUCACAUAACCCCCUUCCUUUCAUCCCUCCCCCUCAGUUUUGGUUGGAAAGAUUAUCUCUAGAGUUAUAUUUUCUAUUAGAUGUAAAUAUGUUAUUUAAGAAAAAAUAUCUAAAUAUAUAUAUUUCAACUCUUGAAGUUGUUUUAUUUAAACGAGGAGAGAGAGAGACUCAGUGUGGUUCAGUUGGGGCAGACAGGCUGAGGUGGGCAGGAGGGGCCUGACAGCCACCCAGGGCACUAGGGAGGAUGAAGACCUGGGCACUGGGCCUCUGAUGGUGUCAGGAGAGACUCAGCCAGCCCACCUAACCCCUCCUCCCUUUUCCUACAGCCGCAGGUCAGACCCCUGGAACCAAGGCAGGACCCGGAUUUUUUCUCUCUUCCCAUUGGUGGGUCAGGCCAACAAAAGAUUGGCUCCCCAAUCAGAAAGGAAGGGGGUGGGGUCAGUCUUUUAUUCUUUUUCCUAAUUUUUUUUUUUUUUUAAAAUAAAAAAACUGUUGCGGGGAGAAAGUAUUAACUGGAGUAACAUUUUGUGUGUGAGGUUAAAGGUAAAAAGUUGCGGGUGGUUGGGGAGCAGCAGAUUUCUCCCAGGACCACACCAGAAAAAGCACUUUACGGGAGAUGUGUGUGUUGUACACGCAGAUCGGAUCGUGUGUAUGUCAUGUGGACAAAAUCUCCCAGUUCCCUCGAUUCCUUUCCUUACUCCACAGAAAGAAAAGAAAUCCAGCGAAUCUGUUUACAUUCCCGAAAUGCCAGGAUAAAUUGGGAGGAUUGCAUGUCAGUGCCCAGAGUUCGAGGCGGUUCUUGUUUUACAAGAAAAGUGGUCGGGGGUGGACUUUUCCUUUUCGCGUCCUCUAGUUACGCCAGAAGAGACGGUGGCCCCCACCUCCCAGUAAGAGUUGGACUAGCCUCCCUCCCUCGGGGAGGGCGGGCCGCCAGCUCUCAGGAGAAUGUAUGGCCAGACAGGCCCACCCUGCGGGACCCACAGAGGGAGGAGCGGCUGGGAGCGGGGGCCGCAGCUUGGCUGGGAGUGCGAUGGAGGGUCUGGGCUUGGGGCUCGGGGCUCGGAGCCGGCAGGACUCGCAUCCCGGCGGUUUCGGCUGGGAGAGGGGAGGGGCGAGGGGAGGUUUCCAUCCAAGAGUGCGCAUCAGAACUUUUCCUUUUUUUUUUUUACCCCCUUAAAAGCAAAAGCUAUAAUUUAUAGGCCUUUUCGAUUCGCGGAGUGUUCUCUAUUUGAACUCGACAUUCAAACUCCGCCAGAGGGGGAGGAGGAGCGGGAGUUGGAGAAGAGACGGCUGGGGAGGCCUUGCGUGGCGGCGGGUCCCGGGACGCCCCCGCCCCGGCCGACUCCAGACCACGCUGUGCUCCAGGGUCGCAGAACGCACGCUCCUCUUUUGACUCAAAAGCACAAAUCUGUCCCCCUCACAUCCUGGUCCCUUCGAGGAAUGAUCCUGCGGCCUCCCCGCCCUCCCCCACCC